UUUUUCCCUGGAAUCUAUAGAAUUCCAACAGUAGCUGGAAAAGACUUAUUACCCCAACAAAAGUUGAAGUCCCACCAAUGGGUCAUCUUUUUAUUUGUUGUAAAAGUGUGGUCUUUUAAAUAUGAUUAUGCCAUUUUUAGCCAAAAAAACAAAAUAAACCUGUAUCAUUUCUGGAACAGUUUCUGCAGAGCGGCAGUAGUUGAAGGCAGGACGGUGGGCACGGAAUAAGCUUGCCUCCACAUCCCGUCACCCAUCUGUUUACACUCUCCCCCUCUAGCUGACAGCCCCUAACACCCUAAACUUAACAUUACUGAUGCAACACAAAUGGUGAGUAAUAUUGGAAGUAGAGUUUUGAGCCAGGAAAACAAAGAUGUUUAGCAGUGGAUGCAUCCGAAUAAAGCAAAGCAGGGAGUUUGUGGCCUACCCAUUGUACUUUGUAUGUAACAACAAGAGUUUUUGUCUGCUUCUGAUUCAUCUUGAAUUGUGUAAAGAAAUACAUUGUAGUGAAUGUUUGUGAAUGUAGCUUCUUGUCACAGCUACAAGCUUUUUCCAAUGGGAUUUGUGCUCCUGAUUUAUGACAGUUUAAAUUAAGAAGCUUAAUUUUCUUUAUAAGUGUCCUUCAUCAUGAGAAAAAUGCCACAAUAACAUGAUAAAGACACCAAGAACAGAUUUUCAUUGGAGUGGGUCUUUAGGUAGAUGGAUGGAUGGAUGGUAUUUAGUCCAUUUAUGUCAAAAAGGGUUACAAACAAAUAUGAGCAAACAGAUUAUACGUAUCAAAUGUUUACAGCAGGAGGAGAAAAAUCCAGAACAUAUCGUACUUCUAAUAAUCUCAUUUUACUAAAUCAUUGCCUCAAACCCCGAGGAAACACCCUCUAUCCAUUUUUUUAUUAGCUUCAAUACUUUGAUUUAAGCAAAGGUCCGUCAGCUGAAGUGAACAGCCUACAGGGACGGUGCAGCAGCGGAGCAGCAGGGGUCACUGGUCCGGUGUCGGUCCUCUGGUAUGUUGCACAUUGAAGUUGGACAGUCGGGGGUGGAGGGCGGGUGGUGGUGGUGAGGGGCAUGGUCAUGCCCUUGUUCGAAAAAACUUGUCCAUCCAAUCAGCGCGCGGCUCUCGGCAGUGGCUCCCCCCUUUGGUCCCUGCACCCACAUGUAACGUUAUAGCCCCCUGCCAGUGCGUGCUUUGUGUGGCGGCUUGGAGGACGGACAGUCCGGACUUCAGAGGUUCCGACGGAGGAGCGGACCAUGGACGAGCGCUGGCCGUCUUGAGGUUUCCUCCUCCCGCCGCUUUGCGCGCUGCGGCUGCGCGGCGCUAACGGGCAGAUUUCUCGGCUUUAGUCAUUUGGCUGCGAUGUUGCGCUGCGUCGCUCCACCCGGCGCGGGACCCUAGUCCCCCCAUCCACCUUCAUUCAUCCGCGCUGGGAUCCUGACGCUGCGCCAUGGCCGCCCGCCGCAGCUGCGUGAACUCGCUCUGGUCCGGCACCGAACGCGUGCGCAUCGCGGAGCGCCUCAGGGCGACGCUGGCCGGGGUGCUGGAGCUGGAGGUGCUCAGGUGCAAACACCUGGCGAUGGUGGACGCCGCGCUGGCAGACAGAGAGGAGCCGCGCGCGGAGGAGGAAAAGGAGGAGGAGGAGGAGGAAGGGAGCGGAGUCCCAGAGAGUCCCGCUCCGACUCGCGUGCAUGGCCCCGCGGGGGAAUCAGCGGCAUCCCCCGGGCAACAGGCUGCCUCCCCGUCGCCCUGUCUGAGCUCCUCAGAGGACCCAGAGGAGGCAACAGCCCACGGCUCCUCUGUGAAAGUCAGUAAUUCUCGGUGGUCGGCUCUGUCCUGGGACGCCCCGUCCGACCUGCUCUCCCCUCCAACCCCGGACGCGGCUGGUUUGCUCCACUUGGACUGCGACUCUCGGCCGAGUUCAGGGUUCUAUUCGGUGAGUGGCAGCUCCCUGUCAGACUCCAGCUACUCGGUGUCCAGCGAUGCGGCCCAUGGAGCGGGGCCAGCGCCUGGCAAACCUCUGAAGCUGUGGGAGCAGGCUCCUGAAGCGGCGAACAACACUGACAUCCUGUGGUCAGAGGAUGCGACGCUACUGCACCAGUCUGUUCCAGACAACAGCCACGAGGACCCCCAACCACCUGGAGGGACUCCAGUGUCAGCUGCCAGUGACCCUGAGGCAGAUGGUCUGAGCUUUCUCUCAGAUUUUUGCUCAGGAUUUGGUGACUCCCUCAUUUCCUCUAUUGUCCAGCUUCUCAACCCCGCCUCUUCACCCACAUCAUGUUGUCCGAACACUAAGCUGGACCCCCGUUACUGCACUGACCUGGUGUCUCGUCGGACCAAAGAAGUGUACUCCUACCCAAGCCCGUUGCAUGCUGUUGCCCUUCAGAGCCCCCUUUUCACCUCCCAGGACCUAUCAACCUCUACUAGCCCAGAGGGAGGUCAGGAUGAUGAGCAGGUAGAGUCAAACACUGAAGCCGCUGAGCCCACACAGGCUCGGCAAUCCGCCACAAAGGCGUCCAUCACCCAUCUGGAGCAGUACAUCUCUCAGCUGGUUCGACAGUACCGCGGUUGGGUGACCGCGUCUACCUCUGAUCUGACUUCAGCGGCCAACGCUUGUCCAGUCAAGCAUGGAGGUCUUGGUAAACCUGUUAAGACCCACGGUUCCACUCAGUCCUUGUCUGCCUUUGAGGGCCUCAGUACACCCUCCACCCUGCAGGGGGGAAGCUUCACACCCAACAAGUCGCUGCUGGGGAACUCAGCCAGAGUCAGCCUCAGCAAUGCGGGAAAGAAAGCCACAAGGAACUCCAUCAACCUGGGCAAUCUUCCCUCUGCAACUGGAGAAGAUCUGAACAUCAAUCUACACCUCAAUCUCAACUUGAACUUGACUCCGGGUUUAAAUUCCAGUCUGGGGGUAGCAAACAGUUCCAAAAAGGGAAGUUCUGGAGCCCUAAGAGACAAUAUUUCUCCAACUUCCACCACGUCCUCCUUCUCCUCCGCCACACCCACCCCUGCACUCAGAGCUCGAUCCAGAAUCUCCACUUGCCCGGGCAGCCUGUCUCACCGCAGUUCCCUGGAAGUCCCGUCCAGCUCAGGCGCCAACACUGGGUUUGGAUCUUCAGCUUUCUGUCGCUCCCUAGACUGGAGCAGCUGUGAACAACUUGAUCCGGGACAGUCCGUGUUUGAUACAAACGCUACGUCCGCCCCGGGGUCUCAGCGCAACAGCUCCAUCCCAGACACAGGCACUAGCAUCAGGGUGAGUGAAGACUCCUCAAUGGUUGAGGAGAUCUCUCGCCUCUCUGGCCUGUCCAGGGCAGUAGUUGUUGGACUCAUGGAGCAAGGCGUGGAGCUGGAUAUCGAAUGUUUCCAAACAGAUUCUGCUGGUGAGGUGAGGAGUCACAGUAAAACUCGCCUGGCGACACAGAUAGAUUCGCCGCAUGACUAUGCCCGACUCGCUGAAGUUAGUCCUCAGAGACCGAUCCAGCUGUCUCUCAGUGUCACCCACUCCCCGCAGUCCCAGGCCAGCCUCACGCCUCCUCUGUCCCAUUCCAGCAGUCCCAUCCUUCCUUACCAGUCAAUUCAUCUUCCUCCCCCCCAUUACUUACCCCAGCACCACCACAGCCCCUCUCCAUCUGAACUCCCAUCCUCCACAUGUUCCUCACCUGCUUCCCACCCCAUCCCAAGGUCUCACUCGCCUCCUCGACCUAUCAAGCCAUCCCUUCUGGGUUCCACCUCCCUCUCCGUUUUCCGACGGGAUUCGCCUUUCCAGUGCUCCUUGCCGCACGGCAACACCAGAACGUCCCCCCUGGAGCACAAAGGCAUUCAGCCAAGAGGCGGAUCGCUUCGGCAAAGUGGAGGCGGCGGCGAUGGUGCCAGCAGGUGGGUGAGGAUGGAGGGAGAGGGACUUUACAGAGGAAAGCACGCCUCCCAUAAGCUAGUCAGAGCCGCCACUGUAAGCAGCUACGCCAGGAGAGAGGACUACAGCUCUGUUUGGGCAGAAGAGGAGAAGAUCCGGUCCGCUGCAGAGACGCCCAGAAAGUCCCCCAGCAAGCUCUGGAGAGGGUUGGAGGGACGCUUUUGGAGCAAAGAGUCAGAGAGUGAGAAGGAGGAGAUGGACAGAGCUGAAUACGGUUACAACAUGAUGAGGAGCAGAGCUGGAAGCUGGAGGAGAGAUCAGCGGAGAAUGAAGGUUUCAGGAGACAGGAAACCUAAAGUGGACAACUCCCCCAUGUUGUUGAGGAAAAGGGGGAAGGAGGACGGUGAAAGACGCAGCUCCAGUCUCAGGCUUUCUAGAAGGGCUCUUUUCAGGAGUGAGUCGCAGGGCUUGCUAGUACCGGGUAACCACAGCGAGGGGGCCACAAAGCGGGCACACUGGGUCUCCUCCUUAGACUUAGGGCAGGGCAGCAUGGGGGUCCGCAGAGACGAGGGAGUCCACCUGCUGAGAGCAAAAGGCAACGACAAACGCCUCUCUUCAACCGCCAGUCUCUUUAACCUCUCCCACUCUCAGAGCCUUGAGGGCAGCUGUCAGUCACUUUCCCCCCUGUCCUCCCCAUCUUUUUCACCCUCCCCUCCUCCCCGGAUGCCCCUCCAGCGCUCCCGAUCCUUGAGAGACUUGGGUAGGAAAGUGUUUGGCUCCAUGAGGUCCUUGAGUCUCAAAAGAAAGCCACCCAAGAAGUGACUACCGCGUCGUGAAAUUCACAUCACAGCAGACGCAUAUCUGAUCCGCCUCCGUCAAAACCGUUUUAUCGGUCAGAUGUGAUGUAAACACCACUUUCUGUUUGAUUGGACAUGGACAUGACAAAGAGAUCUCCAAAACUAGUUUAGUUAAAAAAAAAAAUCAGAUCUAAUGAUGGAACUUCUUCUCAGGCAUAUCUAAUCAGAAAAACCCGCCUUUGCUUUCCCAACACACCUUCACUGUGUCAUUUUUAGAAGUUGGACACAUAUUUAGGAAUCUCUCUUUACACGUUUUUACUGCAGGUUUUCUAAGGACCUUACAGCCAAUCUAAAAUACUCUGGGAUAUAAUUGAUUAAAAGAAGCUUCACAGUACACCAGUCGACCGCCCCAUGAGUAUGGAUGUGUACAGGCAUACUCCGUAUGGAUGUGUACAGGCAUACUCCCACUCUGCAUGCAUCUCUGUAACUUGUUUGGUGACUAUAGCUAUAGUGAGAGUGUGAUACUUCUUUGAUCUUUGGCAAUACUGCCUCAUUGGUACAAUCAUACUGGCCAGAAGAUGACCAAAAGCAAAGCAAAUACUCUUUGAAAUUAAUAUUUUCUCAGGAUUUUAAAAUAUAUAUUAAACGAAUUAUUGUAUGAAAUAAAGUUGUGGCUUCCUGUGGCAAAUGACUAAUAAAAAAAGCAGAUAAAUGAA